AUGCAUAGUUUCUGCCACAUCUGCAAUCGGCCAACCUGUCCACGCUGCCUUAGUUGUUAUUUUGGACGUGUUCCAGGCCUCUGGUAUAACGAGCAAAGUCCCAAAACCUCGGAUCCUCCUGGAAUUACUCCUGUAAAUGGCCAGUACAAUUCG